AUGAAGUUACAUCUGACAUUGAGGAGCUUCGCGAGGAGAUCCAACACCGUGCUAUUUAGCAGCAAUGGCUUGACGGCGACAGCUAGAUGGCGGAGCUUUUCAACCGCCGCAAUGGUUAAUGCGGAUAACCUCCCACUGGCGGGAAUACGAGUUUUGGAUAUGACAAGAGUUCUUGCGGGUCCUUACUGCACACAAAUACUCGGCGAUUUAGGUGCGGAAGUUAUCAAGAUCGAACAUCCUACCCGUGGCGAUGACACACGGGCUUGGGGACCCCCUUUCGCGAAGUACAAGGAAGGCACAAAAAAGGAGACACCGGGAGAGAGUGCAUAUUAUCUAGCAGUAAACCGCAAUAAGAAAUCACUGGCUCUGUCCUUCGCCCACCCUUCCGGUGUUGAAAUCCUCCAUAAGCUCGUGAAGGAUUGUGACGUCCUUGUGGAAAACUACAUACCCGGAGCGCUGAAGAAAUACAAAAUGGACUACGAGACUAUCAAAGCCAUCAAUCCCAAGGUGAUAUACGCAAGUAUCACCGGUUAUGGACAGACUGGUCCAUACAGCCAACGGGCAGGAUACGACGUCAUGGUCGAGGCUGAGAUGGGGCUGAUGCACGUCACGGGCUCACGAGACGGGCCUCCCGUUAAAGUCGGAGUCGCAGUCACGGAUCUAACCACUGGACUUUAUACAUCGAAUGCUAUCAUGGCGGCAUUGAUAGGCCGAGCCAGGACUGGAAAGGGUCAACAUAUUGAUGCGGCAUUGAGUGAUUGCCAGGUUGCAACAUUAUCAAAUCUGGCUAGCUCCGCUUUGAUCAGUGGUGAAAAGGACUCGGGCCGAUGGGGAACUGCUCAUCCUUCUAUUGUUCCCUAUCGUGGAUACAAAACCAAAGACGGCGAUAUUCUGCUCGGGGGUGGAAAUGACAAACUAUUUGGCGUACUAUGUGACAAAGUGGGUCAUCCAGAAUGGAAAACCGACGAGCGCUUCGUCAGCAACAAUCUUCGGGUGAAGAACCGAGUGGUAUUAGAUAAGAUGAUCGAUGACAAGAUGCGGGAGAAGACUACGCAGGAAUGGCUUGACAUUUUUGAAGGUACCGGCAUGCCAUAUGCGGCAAUCAAUGAUAUUCAAGGAACCCUGAAUCAUGCACAUGUACUCGCUCGAGGGAUGGUGACAGAGGUAGAACACGCAACCUGCGGACCAAUGAAGUUGGUCAAUACCCCUAUUAAGUAUUCUGAUGCCACGCCUGGUGUUAGAACCCCGCCUCCAAUGCUAGGCGAGCAUAGUGAAGAAGUUCUUCGGGAUCUUGUGGCUCUUGGGGACGCUGAGAUAGCGCAGUUAAAGAAAGACGGCGUUGUCGCAUAG